AUGUCGUCGCCCGCGAUGGAGGACCUUCAGCUGCAGCUGGAGCAAGUGCUCCUCGCCUCUCUGGAUCCCUCGCGGGUGAGGCAGGCCAGCGAGCAGCUUCGCACGCUGCUUCAGCAGGAACAGAAGGAGCAACAGCGCCUGGCGUACCUGCUGCUUGCCAAGCAGAUCGUCGACGGCCGCCAUGAGGAGGUCCGACAGCUCGCUGCCGUCCUCUUGCGGCGGAAAAUCGCAAAGGCGAUGACUGUCUUCGACGACAACCAGCAGAAGGAGUUCAUCACUUCGCUCGUCGCGCGUUUUUCGCAAGAGUCCUGCGCGCCUGUGCGUCGGGCAGUUGUCCAUUUGCUGGCAUCGAUUCUGCGGCUGGCGACUCUGCAAGAAGCCAAGCGCCAGGAGCUCUUCUCCGCGCUGUCGCACAUGGCGAUGCAGACGCUGGCGCCCGGCGCAGACCCGCAGCAGCUUCAGCAGCAAGUCGCUGCAGUCGACACCUUCGUCGCGGUCGCUGAGGCGUGCCCUGAUGAAAUGAUCGACUACUUUGACAAGUUCCUCGCUGUCUUCAGACACGCCUUCACCUGCACCGCUGCCGGCAACGCGCUGGGCACGUCGGCGCUCAAAGGCCUGCGUUCGCUCGCGGAGUUCGCUGAAGAGCCUGAACAGCAGAAACAGCUGUGCGCUCUGGCGCCGAGCGUGAUGCAAAUCAUCGCGGCGGCGGUCGACGCGAACGAGGACGACGUGGCGGCGACGGGCAUUGAACUCAUCGACGACCUUCUGAGCAACGACAACCUGGCGAUGAAGGACGCAGAACUUCUGACGGUGCUGGACUUUUUGCUCAAGACCGUAGCCAGCCGAAGGGACGUCGACGCAGGCUUGCGGCAGCAGGCCCUCUCCUGCAUUCAGUGGGCGGCCAAGCAGAAGCCGAGAGUGCUGUCGAAGAGUCCGACGGCGAUCCCCUCGAUCCUCGAUGUCUUGGUCUCCAUGGGCGCUGAGCCCGACGUCCCCGGCGGCGGUCCAGAGGACUUUGAGGAGGACGACUUGACCCCACACCGCAUCGCGGCGCAGUGCGUGGACGCACUCGCGAUCUCGCUGCCCUCCAAGUACAUUUUCCAGCCGAUGCUUGACCGCCUCACGCCCUUCACCCAGUCGCCCGAGGUGCUGAAGAAGCGCGCGGCGCUCGUCUUGCUCGGCAUCAUGAGCGAGGGCUGCGAAGGCGUCAUGAGAAGAAAAAUGAAGUUCUUCCUGCCCUUCGUCCUCGAGUCCCUCAGAGACCCGCAGCCCGUCGUUGCCGCCUCUGCAGCCAUCUGCUUUGGCCAAUUCGCAGAGUACCUUCAGCCCGAAAUCAUGCUCUUCCAGCGCGAGGCUCUGGAGCUUCUUCUGCUUCUGCUCGACAACCCCAGUGCCCUCGUCCAGCAGAAGGCGUGCUACGCCUUGGGCGUCCUCUUUGAGAACAUGGAAGCGCAGGACUUGCAGCCGGUCGCCAGUGAAGUCGUGCAGCGCCUCGUCCGCACGCUCCACCAGACUUCGUGCGACAAGGUGCGUGAAGUGUGCCUGUCUGCGAUUGGCUCGGCUGCGGCGGCGAGCGGGAACAGCGAGGACUCCUCGGCAGUGUCUGCGUCUCGCGCGCGGCCGUUUGACGCGUUCGCGCCCGAGUUGUUUCCGCUGAUUGCGCAAAUCAUCAAGAUGCCCACGGAGGAUCCGAGUGCGAAGAACAAAGAGAACGCCUCUGGGCAGCCGACCUGCUCGCCAGCCACGAAAGCGCGCGCCAUCGGCGUCGUCGGCGGCCUUGUUCAGGGCACCAGCGAGGCGGCGUACGCGCAGGAGCUCCCGGGACUCAUGCGCCUCAUCAUGGAGCAGAUGGCCAUCGAGACCGGCGACGAAGAGAGCGCCGUCUUCGCUCACGACAUCCGCGACGAAGCCUUCUCCUGCUUCAGCGACGUCUGCGCAGCCAUGAAAGACAAAUUCGUCGUCUUUCUCGAGGAGGUCAUGGCGGCCGUGUUCGCGUCGCUCUUUAGCGACGAAGGCUUGAUGGCUGACGACGACAAGAAGUCCGGGGGGACGGCGGCGCAGCUGCUGGAGGAGUUGGACGACGAAGACGACGACGCCAGCGACGAGCGCCUGCACAACAUUCGCAUCCGCGACGGCUUCCUCGAUGAGCUCGAGUCCGCCGCCCUCUGCCUCAAAACGCUGUGGGAGCACUGUGGCCCCCACUGCAUGAAAUUCAUCGCCAAGACGAAGGAGGCGAUUGACCUGCUUCAGGGCCACUUCCACGAGGCCGCGCGGCAGCAGUGCUGCUACCUAAUCAAGGCCGUCGCGACCGCGGCGCACGCCACCUUCGCGGGUCUCCCUGUGAGCAAGGAGAGCCCGAAGGGCCCUCUGAACCCCAACGUCCAGACUCUCUGGAGCAAGCAGUUGUGGCCAGCGCUGCACAAGUUGAUGGAAGAGGACGAAGAAAAGGAGACUGUUGGUGAUGCAUGCAUUGCCUUGGGAACGCUGGCUGAGGAAGUCGGCCCCGGCAUCUUCUUUUCGCGGGAAAUGCACGACGAAGUGGCGAAGCAGCUGCUCCUUCUCCUCAAGAAGAAGCACCCGUGCCAGGUCAUUCAGGACAUCGACGAGGACGACGACUCCCGCCAGGAGGAGGAGUAUCUCUUCGACGGCAUCUCGGUGCUCAUCUGCGGCAUGGCGUACGCAGCUUGCGUCGGCACCCGGCAGGCGCAGCAGGACCCCGUAGCUUCCGGCAGCCUCGUCACUGUCUGUAACCGCCAGGCUUUCGCCGCCACGUACCAGAAGAUCCAUCCGCACCUCCUCGACCUCGCCACCCACCGCCAGUCGUCUGCCUACGCGGCCAGUGGCCUCGGCUGUCUCGCAGAGGUCUUUUUGGCGAUGCAGGAGGACGCAGUGGGAUAUGCAGCCGACGCCAAGUUCCUCCAGGCUGUGCUGAAGGGCGUCCAGCAAGACGAGAACGAAGACUACCGCCGCAACGCGUGCUUCUGCCUCGGCGUCGUUUACGAGGUCGCUCACGCGCAACCCGCGGUCAACGCCAAGACGCCGGAAUUUCUGGCCGCACUUCACUCGAUUUUCAGAAGCCGCGAGGACAUGAACAAGUCAGAGCAGCUGACUCUGGAUAACGCAGCUGCCGCCGUUGCGCGAAUGAUUCUGAACCCCCCCGCGACGCCGCUGCCGCUGGAACACCUGGUGCCCGCCUUGCUCGUGUCGAUGCCUCUGCAAGAAGACCAUGAGGAGUCCGAAGUCAUGCUCAAGGCCGCGCUGAAGCUCGCCGACGACGCCGCCACACAGCCGCUGAUCGUGCAGCACAUCCAGAAGUUCCUCGUGGGGGUGAUCCUGGAGACGGCGCACCCCGUGAGCGUCAAGCGCGUGAAGCCGGAAACACAGGAGAAGGUUAUUGCGAUGCUGCGGCAGCUGCUGACGAACCCGUCGCUGCCGCCCUCGACCCUUCAAGGCGUCAAGGAGGCUGUGGCGUCCAAGCCCUUCGCGCUCGAGUUCAUCAACACCAAGAUCUAA